AUCAACGAGCUUGGUGUGGGACGAUGAGAUUGAAGCGCUUCCUCCUCAGAUACUAUCCACCUGGAAUCACAUUGGAAUAUGAACAGUCGUCAUUGCUCAAGACCAAAACCAUCGACUUGUUGCAGUUAAAAGUAGACUCUGACCCUGACGCCGUUGUGAAGGAUUUAGCUGCACAAGAGCCUCUCAUAACUCCUGCUAGAGAAGAACAAGUGAAGAAACUUGUGAUCAAGUUGCAACAAAAGUUGAAACAAGUAGAUGAGCAUCGAUUCUAUUUGUUCAAAGUUUUACGGGCUCACAUUCUUCCACUUACAAAUGUCGCAUUCAACAAGUCUGGCUCAAGGUUUAUUACAGGAAGCUAUGAUCGGACAUGCAAGGUGUGGGACACAGCAUCAGGCGAAGAACUGCUUACUCUUGAAGGACACAAGAACGUUGUGUAUGCCAUCGCAUUCAAUAAUCCUUUUGGGGACAAGGUAGUUACAGGGUCCUUUGACAAGACCUGCAAAUUGUGGAAUUCUGAGACUGGAAGGUGUAUUCAUACUUUCAAAGGUCACAAUGCUGAAAUCGUUUGCUUGUCAUUUAAUCCACAGAGCAGUCUGGCUGCAACAGGUAGUAUGGACACGACUGCAAGAUUAUGGGAUGUGAAGACAGGAGUAGAAGCUUGCACACUUACAGGUCAUUCAGGAGAAAUAAUUUCUUUGUCUUUCAAUGCAAGUGGAGACCAGGUUAUCACAGGAUCGUUUGAUCACACAGUCAGUUUGUGGGAUGUGGCAACAGGAAGACUUUGUCACACUCUGAUUGGUCAUCAGCAGGAAAUAUCCAAUGCAGUAUUUAAUUAUGAUGGUUCACUUAUUGCAACAGGAUCCAUGGACAAGACAUGCAAACUGUGGGAUGUAAACAGUGGCAGAUGCUUGACAACUUUUAGAGGUCAUCAGGAUGAAGUUCUUGAUGUUGCUUUUGACAUGACUGGUCAACUAAUUGUUACAGCAUCUGCUGAUGGAAGUGGUCUUGUUUAUAAUGCUGGUAGCCAGGAAAUUGUCUCAAAGUUUGAGGGGCACUCAGGCGAGAUAUCCAAGGCUGUCUUUAACCCUCAAGGGACACGUGUCAUAACAGCAAGCAGCGACAAGACUGCCAGACUAUGGGAUCCUUACACAGGACAGUGUGUUCAAGUUCUUGAAGGUCACACAGAUGAGAUAUUUAGCUGUGCUUUUAACUAUGAGGGAAACACGAUAAUUACAGGUAGCAAAGAUAACACAUGCCGUCUGUGGAGAUGACUAUAGAUUUAGUAGAGAAAGAUAUUGUUUUGAUAUGAUGUAGAGCAGCGCUUGAUUUGACUUGUGGCACUGUUUUCUCGUAUACGUACUUGUUAAUUAAAAUAUUAAAAUGAUCUGAA